AUGAUAGCUUUGUUGCAGAUUUUCACCCCAGCUGCCGUACCGAUCUCAGCUACGCAUGUGUACCUGUCUGGGUUAUCGUUACCUGUCCUGAGGAGUCAUUCGUUUCUUGGUAGGCCGCGUCUUGAACUUCUGCACAUCAAUGCAUCCGGCAUCCGCGGUAUUCAGCCGAAAGCGUUCAACACGCUUCCAAAGCUCAAGUUGCUUGAUCUUUCGGACAACGCUAUAGUCCGUCUAUCUGGGGAUGAAUUCCACAAAAGUGCAGCCAUUUCUCAUCUGUUCCUCAAUGGUAAUCGUCUGCAAACGAUAGAAAGGGGCCUUAUAGACAAGCUUCCUGCUCUGACAACAAUGACUCUGCACAAUAAUGAUCUCAGCGACAUGUCGCAGGCUUUGAUGACAUCUGGAGUGCGGUCUUUAUCGCUAUCAGGAAAUGCGUUCCGCUGUGAUUGUAGUCCGCGGUUCGCGGCUCCAUCGUGGAUGCAUCAGAAUCGAGCCAGAGUUGUAGACAUGGAUCGCGUGCGCUGCGUGGAAAAUAUCACUGAAGCAUUUCGUAACAACGACACAACUGUGCUUUCCGCUUAUCCACCAAAUGUUGGGAACGACAUUUUUACGAUGACUAUGGACGAAUUCCUCCGCGAUUUCAACCGUACCAUCUGUGUACCGCUGUCAUCAGGAUUUUUUGGACAAGAACCACAAAAUUCGAUAUUGACAGUGAUUUUUCUUACAUCAUGUGCUUUUCUUCUUUGUGCCAUGACAUUUCUUGGCAUUUCAUUGGUCAGGAAAGCCCACAAUGACAUGAGUCAAAGAAGAUACAAAGCAUCUUCGUCGCUUAACUGCUCAUCAACACCAGGAUCUUCUCCCCUGCCCAUUCCAUUGUUGAAUUUCGAUGCCUUUGUGAGCUAUUCGAAGAAAGAUGAGAAAAUGGUCCUGGAACAGCUUUGUCGGUAA